AAGUAUUCCUGAGAACAUGCAAACUCCAUGCAGAAAGACCCUAGGCCAGGAGUCGAACCCAGGAACUUCUUGUUGCAAGGGACCAGUGCUACCAACUGUGUCUCCGUGCAGCCUUAUAGAUGAACAUUAGCAUGUAGAUAUGUGAGAUAAUAGCCAGGUUGUAAAUACCAUCCCUGGUCCCAUUGGUAAGUUGGUGAUGGACAAACUGAAAACUGUAAAUCUGAGGCUAUCAAGGGUCUUGCUUUCUCUGCUGGAUUCUGCAAUGACGUAACACAUGGCAGCGGUCCCACAACCGAUACAUGAAGAAAGAGUUGUUUUUAAAGCAUCCAAUACAUAAUUUUAACUUUAGGAUGUCUUUCCAGUACUACAGUGCAUGUGCAAAAUCGGAUUUUAGCAUUCAGUCAUUUGGAAAACUUGCACAUUUUUUUGUGAAAAUGGGAACUUGUGAAUGAAUGAACACAACUACAUGCUUCAUGCUACAGUUUUGUGGGAAAUAAAUUAAGAUCUGUUGGAAUAAUGAAAAUCCCUUAUUUUAAAUAAGGGAUUUUCAGAAAAAUGGUUGAAACAGCUUCUGUAAUUAAUAAUAAAAGGACGUUACAUUUACAAAGAAAGUUCUGAUUUGAACUGCCGAUGUGUCAAUCUAAUGCUCUCUGAAGAGAAGCAACUGAUCUACCUCAGAUAACAUGUACUGACAUUGAAUAUUGUGUAAUAUUAAUUGUAUUUUUAAAUGAUCCUGCUGUAUAAAAGCUAAAUCACAUUUAAUACCAAUAUAUGAUCUUAGUGUCUGCGUUAAUGUGAAACAUUGAUGGUGUUUGUAAUUGACUGUACAUCUUAAUCAUUAGUUGUCUCGUUCUCACAAAAAGCAUAAGUAAAGAGUAUUUUUGCGACAUGUUGAAAAUAUAGUUAUAUGCCAAAGUAUGUUUAUCUUUGAACUGCUUUGCCAAGUCAUUACAAGCAUGAAGAGAUUCCCUGUGAUGUCACAGUGAAGAAUAUUCUGCAGCCAGAAAUCUCUAACCAGACAUCUGCAAACUCACUUUCGAUAUCUUAGCGCGAUAGAGAAGUACUUGCUUAAAUUCAACACAGUUCACGAGUUAUUUUGCUCAAUUGCACAGAGUGUGAGGAUGUUUUGCAUCCCUUGUAAACGACAAAAGAAAAAACGUCAAAAGGAGGUAGGCGCUGGAGUUGAGACAAGCUCUAGCCUGCAGAAGAGCUUGCAGACAGUUGCACCAACUCCCACUCCCACCACAAUCCCAGCUACCAGUGAGGCUCCUAAGAAGGUCAGAAAAACCUUCUGGUGGCAUCUGGGGCCUAUUUAUAAGAAGGUAUUUUUACCACAGCGAAUUUUUUUAAUCAAUAAGCUGCAAAUAAAAGUUGUUGUAAUAUGUGAGCCUCCGUACGGUCCGACUGAGUUAAUGAACAUUCAGAAGAAAAACAACACCUGUCUCAAACAAGAUGUGGUCGAGGUCGCAGUUCUGCCACCCUCAGUGAUAGAAAAGAGUUGCAGCGCAAGCAAAGAGUCUCAGGAGGGGGAAGUUGGUGUCCUGGUCAUGGCUUCACCUGCUCCUGACAGUCCUGCAUCUGCUUACAAUGAGCUGCGGCUGCAAAGUGGCCACAUAGAUGAGACUGAAGACUCAGUCCAACCAUUCUCCACCACAGAAGAAGCUGUAAAAUGCACGGAGGAACUGGAGGAUGUUGAAGAUGGAGAUCUGGAUGGUUCUCCCGCAUCUUACACAGAAGGACACCUUCAGACUGAGCAAGACAGUAGAGCAGAGGAAACUAUCAUGCCUUCGUCUGCCACCCAACAGAUUGUCAGCGCCUUCUAUGACACUUCAGCACAAGUUGGAGUCCAGGUGGAAACUUCGCCUGAUGGUGACACACUUUCCUCAUUUACCACUGAGAAAGAUUCACACAAAGUGAAAGACAAUAGAGCAGAAGAAGCAUUCUUGUCGUCUUCUGCAACAAAACAGAGUCUAAAGAAAACCAGGGAUGUGCCAAAUAGAGAACUUGGAUACAAGGGUGAUUCCUCUCUACAUCCUUCUUCAGCGUCAAAAGGGACGGAGACGGACAAAAGGAUCAAAAUGGCACUUGGGCUGAUCCAGUCGCCACUGGUUUAUGAUGGGAGAGUCUUGCCAGUUGAAGGAGAAGAAAUUACACAUAUAGGGCCUUGCUCAGGAUCAGCCACAGAUGUCUCAGUUAGCGUGUUGAAUAAAAUUCAGCAGAACGUCUCACCUCAGUUUGACCUCUUCAUCGCCAACUCCAAUGGCCACAAUAACCUGAAAAUAAAGGCUGAGGCCUCUGCUAAGAUUGAUACAAAGAUGUCUGAACAGUCAUCGACUUUAGAUCAUGUUGGUAGUCCACAGGCUGAAUUCAACAGGCCAGGACUCUGUGCAAAAUUAUAUAAGCUAUUGCCAAAGCCAUAUUCAAGGAGCAAAGAAACCAUCCCAAUUAAGGAACUAGUCUGCCUUGGUUUACCCAACCUGGGCCUGACUUGCUACAUCAACGCCACCCUACAAAGCCUCCUCACCCUGAGCUGCUUUGUUCAAGAGAUCCACAACCAAAUGCUGGUGUGGGGUUCUCACAACAAAUCCCAGCUCUUCAGAGGGUUUCUGGAUAUUGGAGUCUGCCGCUUCUCUUCCAUCAGAGAGGAGAAAAAGUUGGUCUUGUCCACCUUUAAAAGGACCAUAGCUGAGUUUAAUUCAGACUUUGAAGACAGCGGGCAGAAAGACGCCCAUGAGUUCCUCAUCUGUGUUUUGGAUAUAAUGAGGUCUCUGUCACCAGAAAUGCAGCUGACAGCAGCAAACCUGGGCUUGACCUAUGCAUGUCCUGUGGUUGAACACAUUGCGCUGCAGAUGUUGAACACUAGAACCUGCAGAGGAUGCGGUGAACCGUCCCACACAGUUGAGGACUUUGUUAACCUCAGUCUGGACCUGAUCCCAGGAGGAUCAGUGAGCCAGUGUCUUCAGGAGUAUUUUAAGGAGGGCCAUUUAGAAUACAUGUGCCACUGUGGAGCACAGGAUUCGUCAGUCCAGAGCUCGUUAUUCACUCUUCCAAAUGUGCUGAUCCUGCACCUGAAGCGCUUUAUAUUCACCAUGUCCUGCAGAGUCCAGAAGAUAACAAAACCCAUCACUCUGUCAAGGGAACUUGUGGUGAAGGAAGAAUGUAUGGCCACCAAAGACACAACAGUUCAUUAUUCUCUGGUGAGCGUCGUCAGCCACAUAGGGUCCAAAGCUGACACGGGUCAUUACAUCUGUGACAGUAUUCACAGAAGGCAGGAUAUGGGGGAUACAGCAGACUGUUGGUUGACAUAUGACGAUGAGCAUGUCAGCCAGACAACAGGAGAAGCUGUCUGCUGGUGGCGGGAAAGAAACGCUUUCCUGCUCUUCUAUGAAAAGCAGCCUUUGAAGAGCUAAGAAACUUGCCACCAGGACACCAAUGGACCUAGCAACAACUCCUGUCCUUCUUUUAAUUACUGUUUAAAUAAUAAAAUUUAUUGCACUUUAAACAACCAUAAGGUGUGUACUUUAUUGCCUUCUAUACUAUUAAUAUAAAGCAAAAGUAUGGAGAUGCACACCACAUAAUGCAGUCUCUGUGUUCAGCGGGUAACUCUAUUAACCUAAGUCACUCAGGGCUUUUGCAUGAUAAUUUUUUGUAUAAAAAGCAUGACUAUGAUUUCAUCAUUAAAUGCGACGUUUUAGAAAAAUGUUAUUUUUCCAUUUCAGAAUUGAUGAUUUUAUAGUCCAUGUCCAGGGUGUACCCCGCCUCUCGUCCAUAGACUGCUGGAGAUAGGCACCAGCUUCCCUUAGAUAGAAAACACUAAGGACCUCACAUUGGGAUCAUCUACAUUCAUUAGUGUGCAGUCUAGGGUUAUUAGUAUUUUAUUUACAUAAAUAAACAAAAGGAAAAGGUUCGGGUACUCCUGAACCAUGUUAACACAAAAUCAAACAUCAUUCUCUCAAUGGAGGAUAAUGAACAAAUAACCACAAAACUCCUCAGUAUUCUGGAGAACCAAUUUUUAGUUUGAGGUCUAAGGCUGUCUAUGGUAUCCACUAAAUUCCCACUAUAAAAUGGGCAUUUGGAGCAAAGUCUAAACAGUCAGAAAAUCUAGUUUUCUCUCUAAGAUUUCCCUCGGGAUGGGCUCUAGAUGUUGCUGUAUCGUAGGUCAUCAAUUCAGUCAAAUUAGAUUAUACCUGUGGUUAAAAUAAAUCUUAGUGUGAGAAGGGGUCUGUAAACUGCAUAAAAAAAAAAAGACUAGCAUCCUAAAUCAGUAAUGCUGCAAGGAGGCAAAGCAGCAUAUUCACGUGACAAAGUCAGUAAUGUGUUCAUCUGUCCCUUGAGGAAACGUCAAUAUCAUGAAUAGCCAAGCUGUUUGUUCUGCUCUACAAUUUCCAUCAGUUUGGUAUUGAAGCAUAUUAUUUCACUUCAGCACUCACUGCAGGUUCUGUUUGGAGAGGAUUUCCUGCUUGUAGGAAACAGUUUGGUGAACUGAUAUGUCGCCAACUGAUGUCCAAGUGAUCAGAGACUUACAAAUCAUGCAAAUGACCUGGAUUCUUGACAGCAGCCUACGCUGCACAAAGUGAUAUGAGACAUGCUGAAGGAAGAAAGUGAUGACCAAAGAGAACAUGAACACAUGCAUAAAAAUAGUAAAUAUACACAGAAAUACCCAGAAAAUGUAACUAAGUUUGUUAAAAAACUUAACACAGAUUACACAUGCACCCAGGGAACAUAAUGAAACACCUACUAAUUAACGACACCAAUGUAAGACUUACAGUAAACUUGUCCAAAUCUCUAUGUCUCUAAUUUUGACAAAAUCAAAAUAAUAAAUUAACAAUUAGAACAAUGAUUGCAUUUGACAGUGGUCUACUCUGUAUAAUUGCCUCAAGUCUGGCCCAACUGUUAUCCCACAUUAUAUAUUUUUACUUUUAUUGCACAAAAUAGUUAGGUAGAAUUAGAUUAUUCAGACAGUACUGAGUGAAUCCGUUAUGGUUCAGAGUUUCUAUAAGUGUCAGGUUGCAGACCUGAGCACAGGUUUGUGUGUUUUCUCUCGAUUACCUACUUUCUUCAGGGUGUGGCAGGCUGGUGCUUCUACGCAGCCGAGGGUCAUCGGGAGCAAUCAAGCAAGGGUUCUUAAGCAGCAGGAACCUUGAGGGAGGCGUCAUAUUGUUUACUCUCCCGAGUGGUAAUCAGACCGGUUCACCUUGACCUGACAACUUGUGACCUGUAACUUUACCUUUAACUUACCUCAGCCUGUACCAUUCUCCUCCCAGAGUAAGAGAUAUUAAGGAUCCAGACCUGGAUGUCCUGUUGGUUGAUCUGUGCUCCAAGUUUGUAAACAGAAGGAAAUACUUUACUGUGAAGCCUCAUGGAAAGCCUCUCUCAGAGCUGCAAAGCUAAGAGAAGAACCGCAUCAACUCCAAGCUGCGGUUUCCCAAAUCUGCCUGUCCACCCUCCCACUCCAGCCACCUCGCAUCAGAGAGAGCCAGCCUAAGCAAUCACUCACACCGACCUUACUUGUCAACCCCAGCCUCUGUGACACUGCUCUGCGCUGAGAUGGGAAUCCGGACAAACCACCACUUCAUCCUUGUGAUUGGAACUCAUUCAAACCCAAACUUGGCUCUGAAUAUGUGCUCACACUGGAGUCAGCAGAAAAUUAAGAUGACAAUAAGUGUCACCAACAGAGACUGCUUAGUGUCAGCAGUGAGAGAAAAUGCACAGAUACUGAGAUAUAUGUUCAUAUGUAGCGUGCUGGUUUAAUCCAAAUGUGGCAGGAAUUGUCGGUGGGUAGGCAGAGCAGGCUGUUUAAUCUAGUAACACGCGAAACACUAAAAGCAGAUAGAAUAGAAGUCAGUGUUACAAAUGGUCCAGGGACCCAACAGGGAAGGCAGAAAGAAAAGAGGGAUGUCACUUAUGGUUCCUGAGAGGAUGCUAGGCUGACACGUAGCGGGAAUCAGAGCUGGUGACAUGAGGGAACGAUGUCUGAGCAAAGAACAGGUGAGAAGAACUUCCUUUUAAGGCCAAUCCCCGUGGUCACAUGACUAUAUCUAUUUCAACCUUCAAGCACAGUUUCCAGUUGCACAUAAUCGAGCAUAAUUAUAUUUUAGUUUUUUCUAUGACGAUUCCUAUUAUAAUAAUUUGUCUGACAAGUCUUCCCCUGUUAAAUAUUCCUCAAGCAUCUGCUUACAUUUCUGAUACUGCGGCAUAUAUAAUUUGAUCUCUAGCCAAACCUGGUUGUAAUGGAUGUUUUAACCAUGGCCAAAUAUUUCAUGGCAUGAACGACACAACUCUGCGACACUAUAUCCCGCAGAGAAGUGCCACUGCUGUGAAAUAUAUGCUGACUGUUUUCCCAUUUUACAGCAAUGAAUCGAAGAUGCAUUACUUAACCUCAUGCUAUGCCACGAUACUUUGUGUUAAAACAGAUUCAAUCACAUCUGUAUGUCAA